GACGCAUCUGCAAUUCCACAGGCCCUCCUUGGAAAUAUGGCUAUUCUCUCUGCUAACCUUGCCUCUUCUGCUGCACUUGCAUUGAUUCUAGUAGCGGCUUCGCUGUGUCUGAUUGAAGCCAAACAAUUUGGAAUUGGAAUUGAAAUUGGAAGCAGAGGAAGGCCAAGGCAGAGAGAGUUUGAUUACUUUAACUUGGCCUUACAAUGGCCUGGAACCUACUGUCAACGCACCCGUUAUUGCUGCCCCAACAACGCCUGCUGCCGAGGCUCAAAUUCUCCGGCUGUGUUCACAAUCCAUGGAUUGUGGCCUGACUACAAUGAUGGAAGCUGGCCUGCCUGUUGCACAAAGAAGAGUUUUGAUGAAAAAGAGAUCUCAACAUUGCUUGACCCCUUGGAGAAAUACUGGCCCUCAUUAAGUUGUGGUAAACCAUCAUCCUGCCAUGGUGGAAAAGGAUCCUUUUGGGGUCAUGAGUGGGAGAAGCAUGGGACUUGCUCCGCUCCAGUAACUGGAGAUGAAUACAACUACUUUUUGACGACCCUCAAUGUGUAUUUUAAAUACAACGUCACAAAAGUCCUGAAUGAAGCAGGAUAUGUACCUUCUAAUACUGAAAAAUAUCCUCUUGGAGGCAUUGUUUCGGCCAUUCAGAAUGCUUUCCAUGCAACCCCAAAGUUGGUUUGCAGAAAUGGUGCUGUGGAGGAACUUCAUCUUUGCUUCUACAAGGAUUUCAAGCCCCGGGAUUGUGCGGGUGGAUCUAGCAGUUCAAGUGACAUGUUAUUUUCUGGUAGCUCAUGUCCCAAUUACAUCAGCUUACCAGCAUAUGCAUCACUGGGGGCUGGCAAUGUGGAAAGUGAGGUUUCAUGGGUGCCUGAGGAUGUUGACCUUAGGUGGGUGGACAGGUUGUAAAUUGCCCAAUUCAAUUGAUGGGUGUUCCUUAAGCAUUGUCACUAACUUUGUUGUCCAGCAGUAUGGUCAAAAUGUUGUGUAAAUUCAGAUCAAAAAAUGGAACCUGCUUAACAUUCCUCUUAUUAAGAUUGGUCUACUUCAUCAUC